GUCACAAAGGGGCCCCAGUUCCAGUUCAGCCUCGCAGCUUUCCUGUUUACCACGAAGGAGGGGUGUGAGUGUGUGAGUGAGGUAAUGGACAUGACUUCUCUGGGGGAGAGGAAAGAUCUGAUUUAACUGUCAAAGCCGGCCCUGUACCUUAACUUGCUACCCUUCCCACCCCCCCUUUUCUGAAUGGUCCUGUUUUUCCCACUUUCGGUUUCCAACAAUUUCAAACACUUGUGAAAGAGAAGUCAUCGUGAACCUCAUCUGACCAACACCUGACCGAACCCAUCUACACAACAUAACAUUGCCCCAAAGUAGCUUCCGCCGGAGAUUGAAAGGGGGAGCUCUAUCCAAACACAUACAUACAACACCCCACCAAUCUUUAUGGACGACAAAAUGGCCAGGAACAAGAACAAGAAGGGUCAAGGCCAAGGCGCCGCCGGAAACCAGCAGCCCGGCAACAGCAGCAACUCCGAGGAGCAGAGGCCUGAGGAGCAGAAGCCUGAAGAGCAAAAGUCAGAGGACCAGAAGCCUGAGGGUACGACGCCCGUUGGCGAGUUCGGCAACACCGCCGAGGAGCAGUCCGGCACCGACGAGAAGAAGGCCGAGGGUUCCCCAUUGGGCGGCGACGAGAGCAAGCCCGAGGACAAUGCCCAAGGUGACAAGCCUGAAGACCAAUCGCAAGACAAGCCCCAGGACCAAGCAUCACAAGACGAAAGCAAGCCCGGCGAAGACGCAAACCCACAAGACGCGCAACAGGAGAAGCCUGAAGAGGCGCAAAAGAAGUCCGAAGACGCGCAGGACAAGCCUGAGGACGAACAGAGCUUGACCGAAGACCAAAAAAAGAAAAAGAAGCUCGAAGAGGAGCAGAAGAGAAAGGCGCAGGAGCAGAAGGCGGCCGGCCAGGAGACGGACAAGAAGCAGCAGUCGUCACAGCAGGCCGGCGUCGAGGACGAGAGCGAGCCCGCAUCCUCCAACGACAAGGACAAGAAGCCGUCGGCGGCAGACCAGACCAAGGGCCAAGAGCCGUCCAAGGGCGGCGACGACGACCAGGUCGAGGACGUCGAGGGCGAGUACUACGACGACGAUGACGAGGAGGGCGAGGACGACGAAGAAGAGUACAGCGGUGACUCGCAAGACGAGGACGAUGACGAAGAAGAUUACGACGAAGAUGAGGACUACGAUUCGGACGAGGACGAGGAAGAGGAGGAAGAAGAUGACAACUACACGACACAGAACGGCCAGAUGACGCGACAGCAGCAGCAGCAGAUGCAACAGCAACAGCAGAUGCAGAUGCAGCAGCAGCAGCAACAGAUGCAAGGCGGCGGCGACGCGGGCGGCAAGAACCCGCUGAAGCUGAGGCUCGAUCUGAACCUCGACAUUGAAAUCACCUUGAAGGCGAGGAUCCACGGUGAUCUGACGCUGGCGUUGCUGUAA